ACUGUUGAGGCUUCCAUUACUGGCAUUGAGAGAAAACUUCCGAGGCCUUGGAAGAGCACUCUGUCUUCAGACGCUCCGUGGAUCAGAGCAGAUCAGCACAGUAUGGCACCAAACGACGAGCUCCAUGGACCAGCGGGGGGCGUACCACUGGGCGGGCAGGUUAUGAGCGUGAUAGUCUCACUUGCUGCGGUCACUGUCCUGACACUCUUCCUCACAAAACGAUUCCUGGUGAUCCGAACUUGGCGCAGACUACCAUUCGUGGUAUGGUUGGUGUUCGCAAUCUACGUCGACUCGUAUGCCUUCGUUGUCGCAACAGCCAUCAUCCAGCAUGCACUGGGGGUGAACUCCAAUAUCCUCAUCUGUCGAGGAGCCAUCCUGCUUUGCUUGGCGUGCUAUGUGACCACAAAGAUACUCAUCUACCUUUUCCUCGUGGAGAAAGCUUAUAUCAUUCGCGGGACCACUAAGCCUCGCAUGCGAUCCCGACUGUACCUGUUCAACUCUUUUGGCAUGAUCAGUGUGUACAUUGUGGUGGUCACCAUGAACUUCAUCUUCCGCAUAACACGUAUGGAUGAGAACGGACAGUGUAUCAUUGGCAUGGAAAAGCUUGCCAUGAUCCCGCUCAUCACCUUUGACGCCAUUGUCAAUGUGUAUCUGACGAUCAUCUUCCUCAUCCCCCUGAAGAACCUCUACACCUUCAAGAACAUGCCGCGCACGGCGGCCAACCUGCGCCUUCGUACCGUGGCGUUCCGUACCUUCUUUGGUGCCGCUAGUACGCUUCUAAGCAGCAUCACCAACCUGACUGUCCUCAUGGUCCUCAAUGGUGAACCAGGAUGGGUCUGUCUCAUGCUCUGCAACUGCGAUAUCCUGUUCUCGGCCAUGGUCAUCCAAUGGGUCACAUCAAAGGACAACGCCGGGACAUCGGGCCACGACUCGCUCACCGCCGACAACAGCGCUGCGCGAAGGGGACGGAUCGUCGACGCAGUCCGGCGCACGGGCUUUGCAUCAGAGACGAUAUGCGCCCGAUGCACACCACCCUCGUCACCGGCUGAGAUCGCCCUCGUGCCCUCGGUGGCCACCACGUACAGCAAGGAUUCGUCCGACAUGGCCGACUUGAAACUCGAGAACCAUGUUUUGAUCACCACGACGAUUCAGCGAGAGAGCAGACCAAACGACGAGGGUCCGUGUCAGCGUCUGAGCAGCAUGAGCGAGGAUCAUGGCCUGCCAAGGCAUCAUCACUUUGACAAUGACGCAGUUGGCGCCGACAGCGUCGCGCGAGAUGCGCCUGGAUAUCGCGGGUCAAGAAGGAUGAGCUGCGGUCCUCAAGGCUCAGACGGAUACGUGACUUCUAGAACGAUGAUUACAGGAGGGCAACAUGGCAAUGACCAAGGAGAGUCUCCUUGCUGAACUUCGUGGAGGCAUCACAAGCAGGUUCCAGUGUAGCAAUAGUUCACUUACGCAUGGACAUAAUCGCAAAUUUCAAACGACAGCAGAUGUCCAGCCAGGCAUUAUUUCA